CCGAGGCAGACAGUGCUGUGGAGGGAGCAGUGAUCGCAUAUAUAGCACCUGAUCUAUUUCUCUUUGGCAGAGACAGAUACCCCACGCUGGGAUUUGUAGGACUUGCCGGGACGGUGUCACCUGCUCGAAUCUACCACCAGACAUGACGGACACCAUACUGUCCAUGGACCCCAAGGGCACGUCUCUGAGGGACCAGAGCUACUUCAGAAAGGGAAAAUCCGUCGCGCAGACCGGCCGCAGCAAACUCCAGAAUAAGAGAGCCGGCUUGAACAACCAGAUCCUGAAAGCGAUGCGCAUGAGAGCAGGAGCCGAAAACCUUCUGCGGGCAACGACGAACAAUAAAAUUCGCGAGCAGGUCCUUCUGGAGCUGAGCUUUGUGAACUCAAACCUGCAGGUCCUCAAGGAGGAGCUCGAACGUCUCAACAUCUCGGUGGAGGUUUAUCAACACAACGAGCAGAACUCCAACAUGCCGCUCAUCCCUUUAGGGCUCAAGGAGACAAAAGAUGUGGAUUUCACUACGGCGUUCAAGGACUUCAUCCUGGAGCAUUACAGUGAAGACGGAUCGGAUUAUGAGAGCGAGUUGGCUGACCUCAUGGACCUCAGACAGGCUUGUCGGACCCCCAGCCGGGAUGAAGCCGGAGUUGAGUUACUGGUGGGUUACUUCCAGCACCUGGGGUAUCUGGAGAACCGAUUCUUCCCGUCCUGCAGGAACAUGGGAAUCCUUUUCACCUGGUACGAUUCAUUUACAGGGGUCCCCGUCAGCCAGCCGAAUAUCUCCUUGGAGAAGGCAAGCACUUUAUUCAACAUUGCGGCGCUGUACACGCAGAUCGGGACGCGGUGUAACCGCCAGACGCAGUCCGGUUUGGAAGAGGCGAUCGGCGCUUUCCAGAGAGCCGCAGGUGUCCUCGCCUACCUGAAGGAGACCUUCACCCACUGCCCCAGCUACGACAUGAGUCCCGCCAUGCUGGGCGCGCUCAUCAAGAUGCUGCUGGCGGAAGCCCACGAAUGUUACUUCGAGAAAAUCAUCUUAUCCGGGAUACAGAAUGAAUUUUGUACCCUGGCAAAAGUGGCUCAAGAAGCCGAAAAGGUCAGCAAAGUUCACAUGCAAGUCUUCAACGCCAUGAGCCAGGCACCCAUCAAGGAGAACGUCCCUUAUUCAUGGGCCGUCAUGGUGCAAGUCAAAGCGGAGCAUUACAAAGCCCUGGCCCAUUUCUUUGUGUCAAUAAUGAUGAUCGAUCACCAGUUGAGUCCAAGUGAUGAUGAAGAUAAGCAGGAGAAGUGCCUGUCCCAGCUUUAUGAUUCUAUGCCGGAAGGACUUACUGCUCAGAUGAUACUGAAGGACAAGCAGCAGCGCACUGAGAUAGGGAAGGCACAUCUGAAUAAAGCCAUCGGAAGCCAUGAAGAAGCCAUCCGAUUGUCCAACUUGUGCAGCAAACUGAGGCAGAUCGAUGUCCUCCAGGAGCUCCUCUCUGCCUUCCUGAAGAGGUCCCAGCUCAAACACUCGCAACACCAGAGGCCGGACGACUUCCUCAGUGUAUUAGUGGCUCCGGAGCUUGUCGGUAACACAGAGUUUAAAGCGGAAAGUAUCCCCCCUCAGCUUUCCCGAGUCAAAGUAGUCGACCUGUUUCAGCGACUGGGGCCAAUGUCGGUGUUCUCAGCCAAGCAGAGAUGGACGGCCCCAAGGAAGAUCCAUCUGACCACUGAAGAUGGAGACUUGGGAUUUAUCUUAAAGGGGGAUUGUCCGGUGCAAGUGACCUCCCUGGACCCCCUGUGCCCCGCCGCGAGAGAAGGACUGAAAGAAGGAGAUUACAUUGUAUCGGUGGGGGCUGUGGACUGUAAGUGGAAGAGUAUAAAUGAAGUCAUGGCUUUGAUGAAAGGAUUAAAGGAAGAAGGUGUGGAGAUUCAGGUGGUCAGCCCUCAGGAGUCAUCGUCUAGCAUGCACAAUAAGAGUGCCACAUACUACGCCGGGAUGCAGAAGACCUACUCUCUGGUCUGUUUGGCCAUGGAUAACGACAAAGCCAAGACUCAAAAAGCCACCAAGAAAUCAUCCUUCCUCAGCUGGGGGCCGUUCCGGAGCCGGGAGAAAGCUGCGAGCACCCUGUGCCUCCCUACUGCCUCGGCGGGGAAGCCGCCAUCGGACAAGCUUUUUCUCUCGCCCUACAAUACGUUGGGCUGCGACAGCUCUCUGUACUGAACGAAACGUACUGUCUGCCUGCGUUAGCAACCACUG